AUGUAUUUAUACUCAGGUUCCAGUCGGUCAUCUUUGGAAAGUUUCGAUUCUUCAGACUGGCUAGCACAGAUCUCACAGACCGGCUUCUACUCGCACCACUACGACAAAUCAUCAUACAUAAAUGAUUACAAUGGUGAUUAUGAUGAUGAAGACGAUGGUGAUAACAAAAAAAGAAACUACCACAAUGACGUUGAUAGCGAUCAAAACUCGGCCGAAGCGAAUUUUACAGAUUUGAUUUCGAAGAAAAUUUCUCCGCUAUCUAACAGUGAAAUAUUCCGGAGUAUCAACUCCAGUGAUGACAUCAACAAUUUGACUGCUUUGGCAUCAUUUGACGUGAGUGUAAAUUCGACACUUCCGAACGACGAAGCCACGACCGUCGACGACUACGACAACAAAAAACAGCGCGCAUACCACCACAAAUUCAAACGUAGCAACAGGAAGACUUCUAUUUUACUGAGUCACACCUUCCUUCCUCGUCCUUCCACUGAACUGGCUUCAUCCGAACUAGUCCCACCCGGAAACAUCACGAAAUUUUCCCGUACGGAUAGGACUAUUGAGUUAAGGGCAUAUCAACCACUGGAAGCCUCAUUUAAAAUCAACUGCCUGACCUACCUCUCCUUUGCACGGCACCCACUUUUCAGUUGGUACAACAGGAAGAAUGACGACCUAGCUAGGAAAUCCUCGCAGAAACAAGUCAAAGUUGAGAAAGAUGAAAAUUCCCUGAUAUUGGUGUUUCAGAGAAUAGUUUAUGAAAAUUCGGGUUUCUACUUCUGCAGGGGAACGUUUGGGAGCAUUUUCUACGAGCUCAAAGUUGUCCUUUUUGUGUACGGAAUAGCGGAAAUGUCAUUGAAAUCAUUUUUCCCGGUUUACGUAGAGCAAUGCGGUGAUCCUUAUACGGAGAAACUCUUCAAGAUGAUUUCUAAUAAAGUGUGUUCCUCAACUGGUAGUGAGACUCCGUUUGAUUGCAAUUAUGAUGUGAAAGCGACUUGUCGGGAGGACCUGGAUUCUAAGGAUAAUCCACGCGUGUUAGUGCUGGAGACGAUAAUAGUGCGUAAGACAAAUCCACUAACCAUCUACAAAGUCGAUGGUGACGUAGAAGAGUGCUUGGUUCCAUGUAAAGUUACAAGAAUGAAGGAACUUAUCAUAAGUUCGAUAGCUACAACGAAUCAAUACAUCACCGAGCUGAUGCGGGAGUUAGAAGCUGCCUGCCUUCCAGGAACUAAACUCGAUCAGUGGGGUGACAUAAAACAAUGCAGUCCAUGCGAAAAAGGAUUCUAUCAGGAUAAACCGGGUCGGUACAAGUGCAAAAAAUGUAGCGCCAACAUGACCACCAAAGAUGUUGGAUCCGUUACCGACUUCUCCUGCAGACCGUCUGAUUUCGUCCAAGAGGCACAGGAUGUAGAUUCUUCGGUACUGCACGCUGGCAAGCUGAUCGAGGCGCAGACAGUUCAACAGUUAGAUUACAUCUUCUACUGUGUGGCUGCUGGCAUUGUGGCCUUUCUCAUAUUAAGCCUAUUAUGCUAUUAUUGGCCCGGCUAUUGCCUACCGUUUCUGUUCGGAGAGUGCACUAAACAAAUUUGCAGAAAGUCAUGCAGACCCUGUUACAAAAAAAUUUGGGGCCAAAAACAACUGCCCACUCCGUUUGAGAGGAAACGCAGAAAGAAGAAAUUGGCCGAGAUGGAGAGGAGGAGAAAUGAACAAGUCCAGUUCAAGCUGGUGUUCGAGUAA